GCCGCUUAGGACAGACAGCCUCAUCGCCCUCCUCAUGUAACGCCUACGAAAACCGCGAUCCGAUUCAGCGGUUUCACACCAUUCAAUUCACACAAAUGGAGCUCCGUAUCUGCAACCCUCUUCGUCGUCUUCCUUUUCUCUCCAAUUGCUCCUAUCAAAUUAAAUCCUCCCAAGUUCGAAGCUUCUCUGUUCGGAGCUGCCGCUUAGACCCCAACGAAUCACACAAGCUAGUUUUGCAAGUGAAGGAGAAGCUUGAGAAAGAUCAUCAAAGUCUCCCUGUAGGCAAAAAUGGAAGAGAUGAUGAGGAUAUGAUCCUCUGGUUUCUCAAGGACCGCAAGUUUUCCGUCGACAAAUCCGUUGAAAGACUGACUAAAGCAAUUAAAUGGCGUGAAGAAUUUGGGGUGUCUGAAUUAUCUCACGAUUCAGUGAAGAGUGUAGCCGAAACUGGAAAAGCUUAUGUACAUGACUUUCUUGAUGUUAAUGGUAGACCAGUUCUCAUAGUGGAUGCCUCUAAGCAUCUUCCUGCUGUGCAUGAUCAUGCUGAGAAUGAGAAGCUCUGCGUGUUUUUGAUUGAGAAGGCAUUGAGUGCCCUUCCAGAAGGGACAGAAGACAUACUUGGAAUCUUUGACCUACGAGGCUUCGGUACAGAGAAUGCAGAUUUAAGUUUCAUAACAUUUUUGUUUGAUGUUUUCUACUAUUAUUAUCCAAAGCGAUUGGGCCAAGUCCUCUUUGUGGAAGCUCCAUUUAUAUUCAAGCCAAUUUGGCAGCUGGCCAAGCCUUUGUUAAAAUCAUAUGCUUCGUUGGUGAGGUUUUGCUCUGUGGAGAUUGUCAGGAAGGAAUAUUUUACAGAUGCAACGGUGCCGGCCAAUUUUAGAGACUGAGAAAUGUCUCUCAAGUUUUGACUUGAUGUACCAGUGUAUAAUUCUUUUUGUACAAAAAAAUGGCGUUUAUCUUUUGCCAGUAGAAUAUAUUUACUUUUAGCUUUAUAAUUUUGGGGGUUAGAAAAACUCAUAUGUUCUAGUCCAAUUUUGCUCGACAGGAAACAACGAAAGCGUGUAGUAUAUGGUCAAUCAAUUUCUGGCCUUUGAAUUGUUAUUGAAUAAAAUUUGUCUAUUGCAA